AUGCCAGUCGUGAAAAGAGCUCUUCCAGCACCCGUCUCUGUCUCCGUAGCGAAGACUUACCUGGGAGAGUUGACCGUAGAGGCGGAAUCAAACUCGCCCGCGUAUGCUCGAAGCGAGUUCAAGACCUGGGACACCAUAUCCGGGACGUGUGACACAAGAGAAACUGUCUUGAAGAGGGAUGGGACAGACGUCGUUACAAAUAGCGCCUGCGCGGCUACAUCUGGCAACUGGGUCUCGCCAUACGAUGGCGUCAGCACGACACUUGCAAGCGACCUCGAUAUCGAUCAUCUUGUGCCGCUGAAAGAGGCGUGGAUGUCGGGUGCCAGGUCUUGGACUGCUGCUCAACGCGAGUCUUUCGCGAACGACUUGACACGCCCUCAGCUCGUUGCCGUCACUGAUAACUUGAACGAAGCUAAAAGUGACAAAGACGUUGCCGAGUGGGUACCUCCCUUGGUGAGCUACCAAUGCACAUAUGUGCGCGCUUGGAUCACGGUGAAGCACUACUACGGCCUCAGUAUCGAUAGUGCGGAGAAGACGGCGUUGACCAAAUACCUUGACGCUUGUUAA